GUCUUUCGUCGGAGUUCUGUUGUGCUUUGUCAAUGAAUUAAUGUUCUUCCUUUAAAGAGCUAAUAUCAUAUCCAAGCAGAUGACUUGUGAAAUUUUUUUUAGUAAAUCAUGAAUAAGCAAUUUCUAUCAGAAAAUAAUUCCUCACAAGUUGUUUUUAAAUAUUUAAAACAAACGACUAUUCAUGGACAAACUUCUGCACCUCGGGUGGUUCAUCAGCAUGUACUGAAUUUAGUGUUCUCAGAAAAAAAAGAUGAGGUUGAAAAAUUGUCUUGUACUGCAAGAAAAUUAGAAAGACUUCUGCAUGAGAUGCACACAAAUGAAAAAGCUGUUCUUCAAGUUUUUUCUAAUCUUCAAACUCAAAUCCAGGAAGUGAGCCUUAGAGAUUAUGAGAAUGUAAGGAAUUCAAACAGUGAUGCAACGGUUUUGUUAACGAGACUUGUUAUCGAAGAUACAGCUGAGGUACUAAAAAAGUAUAUUCUUGCUUACACUUUUUUCCCAAAGCCAACAGCUGAAAAGUAUGAAAGAAGAAUAUUAAAGCUGAAAGCAAUUGCUUUGGAAUUAUUACAUUAUAUGUGUAUAGAUUUUGAAUAUUUAUCUGUGAAUUAUGCAGAAAAUCAAAAUUUUAUUCAAGCCUUAUUUUCAUAUAUGCAAUACCCUGAGACCUGCUUCCAUGCCUGUCGAAACUUAGAAUGCCUUCUUUUGUCAAGAAGAAAAAUACUAGAUUUAUCGAAUAUAGAAAAUUUAGAAGAAAUUAUAAAUAAUUUUGAUGUGGUUCCCUUGGGAAAUUUUUGUAAGAUCUUAGCAAUUACACUGUCCGAGCUCGACAUGUAUGAACACAAGACAUCACUAUAUGCUCAAACAAAACAAAAGAAGAAUGAAAAUUUUUAUGUGCGUGAUAUAAAUCAAGAUAUCAUUUUGAAAGUUCCAGACAUUCUAAAAAAACUGGUUAAUCUUGCAUGUAUAAAACCUUUUGUGCCCUGCUUUCCAUCCGCCAAUUUGGAAAGUGAACGAUGGAUGCAAUGGAUUGAUGAGCAGUUUAUGAAUGAACAUCUUUUUUCAAAAGAUGAAAGAUUUAUUGGAGGAAUAACUCAGUGGGCUUCAACACCUUAUUUAGAUCGCCCAAUGGCAUCUGUGCAAAUUGCAGCUGAGCUUACAUUUAGGGCAGAUGCGGUUUGUGUUUUAGGUCUGCUAUUAGUUGGACGACGCAGAAAAGAGGUUCAGAAAGAGUUAGCAGAUUUGAGACUCAUUCCACAUUUGUCUGAUGUUUUUGACCAUUUUAUUUGGCGGUCGAAUGCAGGCCGUGAUCACGUAAGGCUUCCAGGUCAUAAUUUUUCCUGUGAAUGUAGCCCAGAAGUUGCGUUAAAGAUACAAGUUCUGAGGUUAAUUCACAGUUUCUGUGAUCAUUCAGACUACAAGCAUGUAAUGCUAUCGUGGAGUGAGUACAGUGAGCUGCAAUCUUUGGAAGAUUCCUGCAAAAGUCCUUCCACUCCUUUAAGGCUUAACAGAGAAGAUAUGUGUGUAGGAAAUAAAGGCCUUUUGACUAAAAUAGUUGAGGUAAUGAAGAAGGAAAGUGGAGCUUCGACAUUCAGGUUUUGGCUUUCUAGAGCCAUAGAGAGCUAUCUCCGAGGCAGCUUUUCUAGUGCAGACCAAGAUUUUUUAUUGAGGAGAAAUUUGUUACAGCAUAUUGUUCAGAAUCUAAUAUCCAGUAAUAACAGGCAUAAGGAAGUCCUUCAGAGCAGCUUCGACUUACUAGGAGAACUUAUUAAAUUUAAUGUCAACGCAUUUCAAGAGUUAAACAACCAUAUGCAUUCAAAUGCAAGGAGAAAAUUGGAAAAUCUUAUGAAUAUAAAUUUAGUUGAUUCCAAUAUGUUCAUUCGCAGUCUCAUCCUGUCAUAUGAGUUGUUUGCAACAUCCGAUGAUAUUGAUUUAAAAGCAUUUGCUGAAAACCAUUGUUAUUUGUUAUCUCGUGUAAGUUUGGUUAAAACUCGUGUUCAUUAUCUCAAGAAGUUGUUAUCUGUAAUAACUAUACAAAAUUUAACACAGGAAAAUGUCAGCUGUCUGAACACAGCUUUAGUGAUAUUAAUGUUUGGACUAAAGAAAGAAGAACUGCCACAAUACUUGCAGAUCUUAGUUUCAAACACUCAAGAAGCUUGUUCCGUUGCAAUGAGUGAUCGUACCGGACCAUUAGACAACUUGAGAGAUUUGCUCCUGUUCUGGCAAGAUCAUUAUUUGCAAAAGGACAAAGACUGUACCAUCCUUGAAAGGAGCUCAAGAAUAUGCUUCCAAGAAUGGAGAGAUACUGUUACAGUACUAACUUCCGAGGACUCAACAAACCCUAAUGCCAUUAGUUUUUAUACUAAACCAUCUGUUUCAUCUAGAGCUUGUUGAUACUCUAGAAGUAACAGAUAUAAUAUAAUCAGGAUUAAAGACUAUUUUUGAUGCUUUACAUACCGUUUGUACAUUGUUUUUUACAUUACAAGGAGCACUUUCAUGAACUCAUUCGCCUGUUUUCAAAGUACAAAAUGGCAUCAAUAUUUUGUAUUGUUAUUGAUGCUUUUCAACAUGAUUGUGGUUUUACUUGACAUAUUCUUCAUUUUCAUGUCCCAAAUAAUGUGCCGCAUGUUUUAGUUGAUGUGUAACCGAUAUUCAGCAAAAUUUCCGCUAUCACAGCUGCUAUACAGAGAAUAUUUAUUAACAUUUUAAGCAGCAAACAGUUUUGUAAUAAAAUCAAGUUUCAUGUUUAGACAUUCAGUUUUUACAUCUUGCUUUUAACUUUAAUAUCUGAUGUUGAACAUGUUUUUCAUAAAGGUUGCAUUGUUUUUCUUGUUUUAGUUUAUAACUAUGUAUAAUGUUGAAACAAAAGUCAUCUGCAACUUUUUUUUUUUUUUUUUUGGCACAGAAUAACUAAUGCUUUUGAAGCAUGUUAUAUCAUUUGUUAACCAUAAUACUUUCUGCGUCAUUUCAAUUUGGAUGGCUUCUUUAAUUUUGUGAAUAAAUAAUUUUUUAAAGGGAACUUUUAAAGCAUGUUUCUCUGUAAUAAGAUUAUUUUCUCCUUAUCUUUUUCAAUAUUCUCUAGCACAAAAAUAUUUUUUCUGAUUCUUAAACUUUGUGAAGAAGUAUGUUCAAUGUGCAAAUACCCAUGCAAGUCCACAUCAAAGCAAAAAAUAUCUUGCAUUGUUCAAGUUAACAUGCCUUUCAUAUCAAAAAUUCUAUCUGAAGCAAUAAUUUGUUGUGUUACUUUUGUUGUGAUAUCCAGCAGACAAAGUUAUAUGUAAUAUAUAGGGUUAUUUGUAAUUCCCUCAUGUUUCAAAGUGCUAUUAUGAAAACAAUACUGAGACAAACAUGCAAAAUAAUAAUAAUAAUAAUAAUAAUAAUAAUAAUAAAAAAUAAAAUAUUUGAAAGAAUACAGAAAAGAUACAUGAAUUAUUUAUAUAUUUGACAGGUAUUCAAUGUGUGAACUCUUUGUCACGCAACAUACAUAAAUGUGGCAAUCUAGCUCCUGCUAAACUUUACUCAACAUAGCACUACCAACAUUAUUGAUGGCGUGUGAUAUCCUCCAUUCAUGCAGUUCUGCCAAAUUAAGUGACAAAUGGGGUGUGAAAACUUGGUCUUAUAUGUAACACUACCACAAUCAAAAGAAUAGAAGGAUGACACACACAUCAAUAAUGUUUAUUGGAGUACCACGUUCAGUAAAACUUUGCAGAAACUGAACUAUUGCACUUAUGUAUACUGUGUGACUAAAGGUCCUCAUAGAAGACCUGUACAGUAAGUAAAUAAAACUUGAAUUUUUUCUGCACUCUUUCAAAUGUUCUUUUUUGCUGUAGUCAUCUUAGUGGUUUUUUUUUUUUUUUUUUUUUGAAAUCCCAAAAGGAAUUAUAAAUAACCCUGUUUUUUAUUUACCAAAGAGGAAUUUAUCAUUUGCUGUUGAUUCUGGCUUGGGGAAAUUUUGUAUUGUAAUCGGUAAUCUAGCUUUCAGUUCAUUUUAGUGUCAGUUUAGCUGUUUCAUUUUGGUUACAGAGUAAAGAAUCAUAUGUGAUAGACACAGAAUUCAGGACAGAAAUAUCUGGUUGCUCUUUAAAAAUCCCAAUUCAAAUUUAGUUCAAAAACUUUAAGCAUAAAAAAACAACUUACAUUAAUUUCAGACUUAUUAGUUUUAAUAAUGAUGCAAAAAUAGGCAUAUGCAGUUUUUUUGACUUUUGAAAAAUUUUCAUCUUGAAGCACAUAAUGAAUUAAAUGUUUCAACCGUAUUUUCCAUUGCUUUGAAAAACUGCCGAAGAUUUUGCAGGUGACUCUUCAGCACAACCACUGAUAAGUAUUAGAAGCAUUUUUUUAAGUUACAGCAAAUCAAUUGUUUUUCCCUGCUCCUGGUGUAUCUUCAGUAAAAAGUAUGCCCCACAUCAUCAUCAUUUUUUGUUCUCAACAAUGCUUAAAAACCAAGUUAAAUUGCUCAAUACUUUUCUGUUGUUGAAACCAGCUUGAGUAUGGGAAGUCAUUUUCAUCUUCAAUGCCACCAUCACUUCUGUCAAUCCAUCCAGCCUUCUUGUAACAGUUUUCAAUUCCGGAUUGAAUAAUGUUUUAACUAAGCAUAUGUCUUGAAGCGUCGAUUGUCAAUAACAGAUAUAUCUUUUUCCAUUCCCUCUAGCAUUAUAAAAAUCAUUUAUUUUCCUUGAAGACAUUCGAAACUGCAAAUGACUUUGGUAAGCACUGAGGUUGAGUUUGGUGGUUGAAAAAUCAAUAAUAAUAAAAUUCUGCUUUGUUGUUGGUUAUGUCUGUUUGUGUUGCUUGAUAUUAUGGUAAGAGAUAUAUUUUCAUUUAUUUCAUUGUUAUUAUUACUAUUUUUCUGUCAUUUUAUGUUUCCUUUAUUAUUUCCUACCAUUAUUCUGAGGAAAAUAAAAGAAUUCAUUCACUGAAAACGUGUACUCUCACAUUUUUAUUACGUAGUACCAAACAAAUUACUCCAUAUCCGUUAUUAUAUCUAAAAUCCCAUUAAAUGCAAGCUUGUUACUGGUAUAACUGUUAUACAAUAGUGCAUUAGUGAAAUGUACUAUUAUUUUGAUUCCCCAAAGCAAAGUUUAUGAUGAAUUACACAAAUUCUUUUAUUUAUUUUUUAUUCAUUUGUUUCAAGCUGUGUGAGAGAUCUGUGAAAUAAGUUCUUGAGUUAGUUGGUUAAUGCUGCUGUGUACAAAGUGUACAGUUUUAUGUAUUAAUGCUAUUUUUGACUUCAUUUGUUUAUUUGUGUUAUUUACUUUCAGAGUUUAAGUGUAUUGUUUGAACAUAUGUUAUAUUAAUUUAAGUGCAUAAUUUAAUUUAAAUGACUCUCAGAGGGUAAUUAAUAUAAAUACUAAGUAUGUUUUAGAAGGAAACAACUCUGAAAAGGAAUGUUGUUCUGAAAUGUGUGAUCAUUACUUGAAGUGCUUAUUAUUGCCUAUAACAAUAGUUUUGUAUAGGCUAUUUCAAAAUCUUGAUUAAGAAAAAAUCAAACGUAAAAAAGUACAUAUAGGGAACUUUUAAUAUUUAUGCACAAAUUCAACUACAUUAAAUUUUUUAUAAAUGAUUUUUGUUUCAGAAUUGGUAAUUAAUAUUCUUGUAAUGAAGCAUAAAUAUACCAUGUGUAAAAAAAAUUCCUACAACUUCACGAUAAUAAACAAUACUUUGUGAUAAAAGUAAACAAUAUUUCAAAGGAAGGGGGUUAGAGGAGGGAAUUCAUCUGCAUCAUAAUCGCCUUUUUUUUUUUAAAGUAAGUAUUAUAGUAAAUAAAGUAAACAAUAUUUCAAUUCUUUAUAAAAUCUUUAUUUUAAUUUGCUAGAAAAUUAAAAACUUCAAUUUUAGUUUUUAAAGUAAAACAAAAUUUUUAGAGUAUCCUUUUUUCCUUAAUUCUUGUGAAAAAAUUUCUUUUUUUCCCUUAGUUAAAUCUUAUCAAUGAAAGUCGUAUUCUUCAAAGUGUUUUUACUUACUUUAAAGGAGUCUUUAGUGAAUGGUAUAUAAAACUGUUUUUAAAGUACUAAACAAUAACUAUAAUGAUUUGCUUUUCAUUUUUUUCUCUCAAGAUUUUUAUAGUAAUGUCUACUUCAGUAAAUGUACAUCCAUUGCAUUUUCAAGGAGAUAUACUUAAACCAGAAAAAAUUUUCUUGAAUUAUAUAAGAAAUUGAGAAAUAAUUGCAGCUUUAAAUUGAUGUGAAUUAAAGGAGCAAUACUGAUUGAAAUUUUUUAAGAAAAGAAUUAUGUUACAUUUGGUUUGUAUAAGGAUUAUUUUAAAUAAACAUUUUAAAUGAAGUGAAACAAAUUUUAAAUAUAAGAGCAACGUUUUGCACGAAAAAGAAGGCAUAUAGGAUUGCACAUUAUGUUUCAGCCCUUUCAUAUUAUCUCUAUUUGGGUGUAUCAUUGAUUAUUAUUGUCAAAAAUCUAACCCAGAUAUAAAUUUGUAUAUAUGCUGAGUUUUUCUCAAAUUACAAUAUUAUUUUGGGCAGGAUAAAUAAUCAAAUUAAGCAUGGCACAAGUCACUAAAUAAGACAAUGGUUUGUGCUUUACUUACUUUAACUAUUUGUUUUUCUUCUUGUGUUAGUUCAAAGAGUCUUUAAUCAUCUUUCUUAUAUUAGCACUGUGUAUAUAAAUUAUAACAUUUCAAUUUUACUAGUAUGAUAUAAAAUUGAAUUCUUUGCUCUCCACUAUUUUUAAAUACAUUCUGUGGCAUUUUAAUUUUUUAAUAAAUGUUUUUAAGUUUAAAAAAAAAUCAUUCUUCUGUAUAGUACUGCAAAUAUGUUAAACAAAUUCAUUUUUCUAUCAUCUAUGCAAUGUGUUUAAAGAUAUUAGGUAUCAAUGCAAUCUUUUUAUUUAUUAAUUCUGAGAUAAAAAUCAAGUAUGUGCAAAAUGGUUGCAAAGUUUUGUGUGCAACUGAAAUCAUGUGUUUUCCAUUCUUUCUUUUUUUAAUAAAAUUGUU